GCACUUAUAUAUGCCUUAGGAACUACAUGCAGAACCUCCCUGUGUUUUUCAAACGCCACACCCGUCCUAGUCCACAUAGCCAGAGCUAUUUUCCAGCACCACGGUGUAACUCCAAGUGUCAGGUCAGCCAUCAAGAUGUCUCUGGUAUCUGAGUUUCUGGGACAACUGUCUCUUAGUAUGGGAUCCACUGAGCCCAAAUACCCGACUGUCAUCCCUGUGUCUAACUUCGACCCAGACAAAGAUGCUGCCAGAAUUGAGACUGCUAUCAAGACAAAAGGUGUGGAUGAAGCCACCAUCAUUGAUGUCCUCACCAAGAGGACCUACUACCAGAGAAGAGAGAUCGCCUUCGCUUAUGAGAAGCGAGCCAAGAAGGAUAUGAUCACUGCCCUCAAAGGAGCUCUGUCAGGCUCUCUGGAGUCCGUGAUUUUAGGAUUGAUGAAGAGUACAGCUCAGUACGACGCUACUGAGAUCAGAGGAUCCAUAAAGGGUCUGGGGACAGAUGAGGAGACGCUGAUAGAGAUUGUCUGCUCCCGCAGCUCUUCAGAACUGUCAGAGAUUAAAACUGUCUACAAGGAAUUGUUCAAGAAGGAUCUGGAGAAGGAUGUGGCCGGCGACACUUCAGGAGACUUUGCAAAGCUGCUGCUGGCCCUGGUACAGACGAGGCGUGCAGAGCCCUCCAGUGUGGUGGACUAUGAGAAGAUUGAUGAAGACGCAAGAGCCUUGUAUGACGCUGGAGUAAAAAGGAAAGGAACUGAUGUGGCCACUUGGAUCUCCAUCAUGUCAGAGAGAAGUGUCCCUCACCUCCAGAAAGUGUUUAACAGGUAUAAAAGUUACAGCCCCUAUGACAUGCAGGAGAGUAUCCGAAAGGAGGUGAAAGGAGACCUGGAGAAGAGUUUCCUCACGCUGGUUGAGUGUUUUGAGAACAAGCAGCUGUACUUCGCCACAAGACUCGCAGAGGCCAUGAAGGGUAAGAGUGCCAAGGAGAAGGUGGUGACGAGGAUUAUGGUGUCUCGCUGUGAAGUUGACCUAAUGAAGAUCCGAACAGAGUUCAAGAGUCUGACUGGCAAGUCUCUCUACCAGACCAUCUCUGAGCACACCAAGGGGGACUACCAGAAAGCCAUGCUGGGGCUGUGUGGAGGAGAUGACUAAACAUCAUAAAGACUACAUUACCCAGGGUUUAUGUCAUGUCAUAUAUUCAGGUUCUUCAGGGAGAUGUCAACAUUCUGCAUUCUUUCAGUAGAUCACAGGGAACCCACUGCUUGUCAAAAAUGUAUUGAACUAGUAAUAAAGCAACUUUCUUAAUGUGA